CUCGUUCCGCAGGCAUACAAACAGGCGGCCGCCAUGUUGUGUCCCCGGGGGGCUGGAGGCGCUGCUGGCUCCGGUAGUAAACAGUAGCUGCUGCCGCCGGAGCGCGUCCGCUCCGCUCGGCAGUCCGCAGGCACAAGCGAGGGGUCGCAGCUGGAAGCCAUGAGCCGUCCUUCCUCAGCCGGAGCCGGAGGCGGAGGACUCGGGGCCGGGAAAGCGGGCGCAGGGAAGCACGGAGGGUCCGGAGGCGCCGCGGCAGCAGCCGCCGCGGCCGCCGCAGCAGCAGCGGCGGCUGCCGGGGUGGGAUCCGUGACCGGGUCGGGGUCCGCAGCCCCGUCCUCCUCGGUGUCCCUGCCCUCGGCCAGCCUACCCGGACAGUCCUCGGAGCUGACGGCUCUGUUCGAGUGCCCGGUGUGUUUCGACUACGUGCUGCCGCCCAUCCUGCAGUGCCAGGCCGGCCACCUGGUCUGCAACCAGUGCCGGCAGAAGCUGAGCUGCUGCCCGACCUGCCGCGGCCCGCUCACCCCGAGCAUCCGGAACCUGGCCAUGGAGAAGGUGGCGUCCACCCUGCCGUUCCCCUGCAAGUACUCGUCGGCCGGCUGCCUGCUGUCGCUGCACCACAGUGAGAAGCCCGAGCACGAGGAGGUGUGUGAGUUCCGGCCGUACACCUGCCCCUGUCCCGGGGCCACCUGCAAGUGGCACGGCUCGCUGGAGGCCGUCAUGCCCCACCUGAUGCACGCGCACAAGUCCAUCACCACCCUGCAGGGCGAGGACAUCGUCUUCCUGGCGACGGACAUCUCCCUGCCGGGCGCCGUCGACUGGGUGAUGAUGCAGUCGUGCUUCAGUCAGCACUUCAUGCUGGUGCUGGAGAAGCAGGAGAAGUUCGAGGGCCACCAGCAGUUCUUCGCCGUCGUUCUGCUCAUCGGGACGCGCAAGCAGGCCGAGAACUUCGCCUACCGCCUGGAGCUCAACGGGAACCGCCGCCGCCUCACCUGGGAGGCCACGCCGCGCUCCAUCCACGACGGCGUGGCGGCGGCCAUCAUGAACAGCGACUGCCUGGUGUUCGACACGUCCGUCGCCCACCUGUUCGCCGACAACGGCAACCUGGGCAUCAACGUCACCAUCUCCAUGUGCUGAGGGGCCGCGCGGCGCGUGACAUCACACACGCGGCAUCACGCACGACGGAGGAGCGCUCCGACGUCCGGGGUCGGCCUUUGUCGUCACGGCGACAGGAACCGUGUCCCGCGAGCGUCCCGCAGCGGCUCGGGCGCCGUUGACGCAGGAAGUGGACGCCGGAUCAGACGGUGACGCUGAGGACUUCCUGCUUCACGCUUUGACCUUUGACCUGUAUUUCCUUUCCACAGGGAGAAAAGGGGCGGGUCUGGGCACACACCUGGACCUGUGUGACCGCGUGUGCGUUUGGUGUUUGUUACCUGAGGCGCGUCCGAAAGGCUCCGCCUCCUUCAGCGGCUCAGGGGCCCGGACAGACGCUCGCCGCCGCCCCGGGUUCACCGGCUCCUCAUCCAGACGGUCUCCUACCCACAAUCCCUCAGGUGCAAAAAAAAUAAAAAUAAAGAGAGAAAGACAAGCCAGGAGGCCCAGAAGCUUCGCCGUGUUGAUUCUGCGGGAGGCCCCGCCCACCCCCCCCACCUGUUAGCCUCGUCUGCAGCGAUCGAUCGAUCGAUCGAUCUGUCUGGUGAUUAUUGAUCCAGGAUGAGACCUGACCUUCAGGCCUGAAGACUGAAGGUCGGAUCAGCUGAGACAGAACCAUGUGAUCAGAGGCUCCGCCCACUCGCCCUCUGUCCCGCUGGAGAGGCGGAGCCUCAUCCAGAUUAUUGAAGAGUUGUGAAUAUGGGCCUGAUCAGCCCGGCUCCUUCUUCAUAUUUUAUUGAUCGACUGAUCAAUAAAAUCUUUUUCUUCUCAGAUUUGCUGCUGUGAUGAGGAUGAAGGUUUGUUUUUUUGUUUCAAAGCGAGGGCAAAAAAACAUUAUUAGUAAGUAAAGAAAUAUAAUAAAUAGCUAUUAUAAAGACGAUAUUAAAAGACGUGUUACAGGACAAGGUGAGAAUAUAUAAAUGGUAGAAAAGGUUUAAAAAAAAGUUUUUAAAAAUUAAUUUAAAAAACUGAUAUGAGGGCAGAAAGAAAAAACGACUUCCUAAUUAGCUGAGGUGGUACUUUUUUUUUCCAAUAUUCCCUGAAAGAAAUAAAAAAAAUUAAAUAAAUAUUUAUUUAUAAUUUAAAUAAUUUUGCAGAGCAGGUGCUCUGUCCAGCCUGAAUCUGAUAUCGUCCAUAUCGUCGCCUUUUGAGAAAUUAAUAUCUCACAUGUUCAUAUCUAGAUAACAUGAUAACAAUACACACACACUCACACACACACACACUCACACACACACACUCACACACACACACACACACACACACACACACACACACACACACACACACACACACACACACACACACACACACACCUGCAGGCCCUCAGAGCUUGUUUCAGUCUGUCUGGACGUUUUGGUGGAGCAGCGAGUCGAUCAGGUGCUAAUCUGGUUAAUCCCCACAGCUCCUGGUGUUAAUCUGAGAUUAGAGUCGUGGUCUGUUCAGCCACCAGCGCCUUACCUGUCCCACUGCCGGCCUCCUGCUGCGCUGCCCUCCGGCCUGCAGGGGGCAGCGCAUUAUACUGACAUUCACAGCAGGCAUUUUCCUGUGGCUCAACGUGUGAAAAACAUCUGAUCUUUUUAAUUAGUUUGCUUUUAUUGUAAUUAAAGAAAACUGCUGAUGGUCUGGAGAUUAUCUGUUUGUCCAGCUCAUGAUCCACGUUUGUUUUGGUUUGUUUUGGUUUUUUUGUUUGUUGUUUUUUUUUGUUUGUUUGUUGUAAAGAAAUCAAGCGGCUCUGCUCAGGUUUCCAGGUUUUUGUGUCUCCAUGUGGGAAGAAUCGGAGCGGCUCUCGCCUCGUCCCGUCUGCAGCCACGCUCACCUGCAGGCCCACACACACACACACACACACACACACACACCUGCUGCACGCGCUCACCUGCAGGCCGACACACACACACACACACACACACACACACCUGCUGCACGCGCUCACCUGCAGGCCGACACACACACACACACACACACACACACACACACACACACCUGCUCCACGUGCUCACCUACUGCCCAGGUGAGGAGGACUUCCCAGCAUUCCUUGCCUGUGAACCAUCGUAGCAACAGCUGAGCCACACCAGAUCCAUGUGAGGCUCUCGGACACGCCUGGAACAUUUCCCAGAACCAGGACUGGGAGCAGAACCAGGACUGGGUCUAGAACCAGGACUGGGACCAAAGUGGGUUCUGCUGGCUCCACCAGCCGCCCGGCACCUGUUUUUUUUUUUUUUUUUUUUUUUUCUGUUACCUGUUACCUGUCUCCAGCUGUUUCCCCGGCUCGGCCCUGAGACGCCGCCACGUGAAACCGUCUCCUGUCUUUGUUUUAUUUCUGUUGUUUGUCAAGUCAAAGAAAUAAGAAGAAUUUUAAUAACAGCAGUCAGAAUCUUUUUUCCUAAUCCAAGUUACAAAAAUGAAUAAAAUGCAGUUGAAUAAAGUCAAAUAUAAUAAACAGACAAA